GUCACUUCGUCCAACUACAACCGCUAAGACAGGAGAAUCAUCAUCAGCUCCUAUUUUUAUCCAGCCGCCACCCCAUUCAAGCAGCACUAAUAUCUCUUCAUUGCUUUCAUUGCCACACUCUUCAAUAUCUCUCAGUGGUAAAAUAGAACCAGAGAAGCUCAUCAGGAUUCAAAGGGUUGGUGCAAUGGCAGUUGAUGAUAUAGGUUCUCCUGUCAGGUAUGCAGUUGUAACCGGGGCCAAUAAGGGCAUCGGCCUGGAGACUGUCCGGCAGCUUGCAACUGCAGGUGUAACUGUCAUUUUAACAGCUAGGAACGAGAACAGGGGGAAGGAGGCCACUUCGAAGCUACACCAAUCAGGUUUAUCAAAUGUAGUCUUCCAUCAGCUUGAUGUUCUAGACACAGAGAGCAUAAAAUCAUUGGCCAAAUUCAUAGAAACAGAAUUUGGAAGAUUUGACAUUUUGGUAAACAAUGCAGGAGCUUCAGGAGUUGUAGUUGAUGAAGAUGGCCUACGGGCCUUAAACGUAGAUCCUGCAAACUGGCUAGCAGGGAAGGCUGUUAACGUUGUACAAGACGUUAUCAAAACUACCUAUGAGGCGGCACAAUUAUGUCUAGAUACUAACUACUAUGGUGUUAAGAAUGUAACUGAAGCUCUGCUUCCACUGGUACAACGUUCGACUUCAGGAGCAAGGAUAGUUAAUAUCUCUUCCCUAAGGAGUGAACUGAAGAGGAUUCCAGAUGAUCAAAGGAGAAAAGAACUUGGGGAUAUUGACUCUCUAACAGAAGAGAAAAUUAAUGCAAUUCUGCAACAAUUUUUACACGACUUGAAGCAUGAUGCUCUUGAAGCCAAUGGAUGGCAAAAGAUGCUACCAGCUUACAGCAUAUCAAAGACCUCGCUUAACGCCUAUACUAGAGUUCUAGCAAAGAAGUACCCUGAUAUGUGCAUCAACUGUGUCCAUCCUGGAUUUGUAAAGACAGAUAUUAACUGGAACACGGGAAUAAUGACAGUGGAAGAAGGAGCUGCAGGCCCUGUAAUGCUGGCUCUUCUACCUCAAGGAGGUCCUACUGGUAGUUACUUUGAUACAACAAAGUUGGCAGAGUUUUGACUUAGCCCUUCAUGAUAUGAAUUCUAAGAACCACCCUAUAUGAGGCAAAUUGUACCGAGUUUUAACCGGUUUUCAGUCACGCUGAAAACCAUUCUAUAAUGAAUUCUAAGAACCACCCUAUAUGAGGCGGAUUUUGACCAUGUUUGCAAAAGCCGAGAGCGUGAGAGUUUUGGUUUCUAACAGGCUAAUAUCCUUUCUUCAAAAGAUAGGUUCUUUUGUUUUGGUUUGUGAGAGUUUUGUAAUAUGUGUUUUGUACCCUGAGUUUUUAUUGGUUUUCAGUAACACUCAGCUUGAAUUGUUACUGUUGGCCUCUUCAUUCUGCGGCGUGUAUUCAUCUAGUCAAUGCAAUUAUAUUCAAUGUCACAAUAAACUUUGAUUGUGGGACAAAAAAGA